AUGGCUGAUGAGAAGACUGCCCGGGAGGACGUCGCUCCAACCCAUGAACCCUCAUUAACUCAACAUUCAAGCAAUGGUCUUCACCACGAUCAUGUUGCAGAAGAAGCCAUUGGUGGUCACACGAGCGAUUUGCCGCGAGGGUAUUACUACAGUCCCGGCUUCAUUGGAACUGUCAUUGCCACAUGUUUAGCACAAAUAUCAGGAUACCUAGGGUGGGUGUUGCCAUCAAACACUCUUGCACUCAUCAAUGCCGCCAUUGGGCCAUCUCCCAAUAUCAUCUGGGUUUCCAUCUCAUGGACAGCCGGAUUCGCCGUUGGAUUCACUCUAGUAGGUCGGUUGUCGGAUAUCUUUGGCCGAAGAUGGUUCUUCAUCGCUUCCUCCGUACUUGGCUUGAUUGGAGUGAUCAUCGGAUCUGCUGCUCAGAACAUCAACAUGCUUAUUGUCACCAAUUCGAUCAACGGAGUAGCAGCUGCUGGGCAGUUGUCUUUCCAUAUCAUUCUUGGUGAACUCGUGCCAAACUCCCUUCGUGGACCUGUCAACGCUUUCGUCUUGUCGACCUCUGUCCCGUUUGCCGUCUUUGGUCCUCCUGUGGCCCGCGCAUUCUUCGAGAACACUGCUCUUCAAUGGCGAUGGUGCUAUCUUCUCGGUGUCAUUGUCAACGCACUUGCCAUCAUUCUCUACUUCUUCUUCUACCACCCGCCUACCUAUGAAAUGCUUCACGUUGGUGGUAAAUCCAAACUCAAGCAGCUCAAGACUCUCGACUGGAUUGGCAUCGCCCUCUUCACCGCUGGACUAUGCGUCUUCCUCAUCGGAAUGAAUUGGGGAGGUUCCGCAUACCCAUGGAAAUCUGGACACGUGCUGGGAGCUUUGUUCGCUGGCUUCUUCACACUGGUCGGAUUCUGCUUCUGGGAGGCUUACUGUGGGCUUGAGUACCCUUUGAUCCCCAUGCGUCUCUUCAAGAACAUCCACUAUGAUGCCAACGUCGCAUGCGCCACUCUCGCCGCUGUCGUCUACUAUGCCAACACCGUAAUCUGGCCAACCAUGAUCGGUGCUCUCUUCACUACUGAUAUCAAAGAGACGGGCUGGCUUUCUUGUGCCGUUGGCGGUGGCCUUCUCCUCGGACAAAUCCUCGGUGGCGUAGGUGUUCGUUACCUUCCCAAGAUGAAGAUCCAAAUGACCGUCGCUGCUGUCAUCUGCACGGCCUUCGUCGCCGCAUUGGCCGCAUCCAAUGCCUCCACCCAGAAUCAAACCACCGCGCUUCUCCUCAUCGGCACCAUCGGCGCCGGAUACAUCGAGAACCUCACCCUCUCCUCGACCGCCUAUCUAUGGGAUCCCGCCGACAUGGGCCUCGUAACCGGCGUCCUCGGUGCCAUCCGCACCGCGAUCUCAGCCAUCGCAACGAGCAUGUACUCCUCGAUCCUCGCGACCGAGUCCGCAAAGUACAUCCCCCAAUACGUCACCCCAGCAGUGCUCUCAGCCGGCCUUCCCGAGUCCUCGCUGCCCAGCCUCUUCGCCGGCAUCACUCUAGGCAAUUUCACUGCCGUCAAAGGCAUCACACCUGAGGUCCUCGGCGUCGUAGGCACCGAGGUCAAGCGCGCAUACUCCAUGUCCUUCCGAACCGUCUUCCUCUGCACAUUGCCAUUCGGCGUGAUCCUUAUCAUUGCAGCUAUCAUGAGCCCCAACGUCGAGGACUACCUAACCGACGAGGUAGCGCGAAAGUUGCACGGAAACAAGGAGAAGAACACGACCAUGCAGAAGGAAGUGGCCGUCGCGGUUUAG